AUGCUAACAAAGCUCGAGUUUCUCUUCUUCGACAACAAUAGUUUGAGUGGAGCAUUCCCAGAUUUUGUCGGUAAUUUGGUGUCUCUCAAGACCUUUACGAUUGCCGGUAAUCCUCUGAGUCGUGGUGUGCUGCCCACAGAGCUUGGCAAUUUGAAGCACCUGCAGCAGUUAUGGCUAUAUAGUUGCAGUCUUGUGGGCGGAAUCCCGAGUUUCUUGGGUAAUUUAACGCAGCUGGAGGAGUUGGAUUUGUCAGGGAAUCGUCUGUCGGGUGAUAUUCCUGGCAGUUUAAUGGCUCUCUUGAAUUUGAGAGACCUGUUCCUCAGAGGCAACAAUUUGUCUGGACAAAUUCCAGCCAGCAUUGGUCAACUGAGGAGAUUAUCCACUUUGGAUCUGAGCACAAAUCAGCUUCAGGGCACAAUUCCCGACAGAAUCUCCGAUCUCACAGAUUUGAAUACUCUUCGUUUAUCUAACAAUCGGCUUACCGGAGAGAUACCUGCCGGGCUCGGCGAGCUACGGUACUUGAGUUACUUUGCGUUGUUCAGCAACAAGCUCAAUGGAUGGUUACCUCAGAGUUUGGGUACAUUCUCCAACCUGAGAAUCGUUGAUGUGGUGGAAAACGAAUUGGAAGGUCCUCUGCCAAAGAAUCUGUGUCGGGGAGGAGAGCUCUAUAGCUUUGCUGCCUCUUCAAACAAUUUCAAUGGUAGUCUCCCCUCGUCCUUUCAAGACUGCAAAUCUCUAAUCUAUCUGCGUAUCGAGAACAACCAGCUCAGCGGCGAGAUUCCUCCUGGACUAUGGAAUUCUUCCAAUCUUAAUAAUUUCUUUCUUAGCAACAAUAUGUUUACAGGAGAUAUUUCAGCAGCAAUAGGGGAAGCGAAGAAUCUGAAUCGGUUGGAGAUAAGCAAUAACCGGUUGGAAGGAAGAAUCCCUGAACAACUUGGACAGCUGACAAAACUUGAAGUAUUUGAAGCCAGCAACAACCAGUUGUCAGGGCCCAAUCCUCAUGAGCUCGAGGGUUUGAGUUUGGUGAAUAGUCUCCAGCUGGACCAUAACUUUCUGUCAGGAGAAAUUCCCAAGGAAAUAACGUUGUUAAAGAAACUCAGUCGCCUCAAUUUGGGUCACAAUCGACUUACAGGAGAAAUACCUGCAGCUCUGAACGACAUCAUGAAUAGUCUUGAUAUGUCAAACAAUUUGCUUUCUGGCGGAAUUCCUCCUGAAUUAGGACAGCUGAAUCUGGAUGUUUUCAAUCUAUCCAACAAUGACUUGGCUGGACGCAUUCCUGACGCUCUCGACAUUGCGGUUCACAAGGAUAGCUUUCUGGGAAAUCCGAAGCUAUGCGGGGGUCAGAAUUUGAUGCUCCCUGCGUGUUCCAAUCCUCACAAGUUGUCACCUCAGACUUUAGCUACCAUUCUGGUACCGCUAUUUCUUAUAUUGACUGCCACCUUGUGCUCUAUUUGUCUGCGUUGCUUGUUUUUCAGGAAGCGAAGCAGCACACCAUCGUGGAAAUUAACUUCAUUCCACUCGACAGAGGUGGACGAGUUAUACAUCCUCCACAACUUGAAGGAGGCCAACGUGAUCGGAUCUGGAGUUGCUGGAAAAGUUUACAAGGUCAUUCUCCCCAACGGACAGGCGGUGGCCGUUAAGAAGAUCGGAAAAACGAGCAGAUCAACGGGAAGUUUCAAGAGAAAAGGUGAGCAAGAAGAGAAUAAAAUUGGGGAGGUGGAGGUGGAUACAUUGGGGCUCAUCCGGCACAAUAACAUCUUAAAGCUUCUCUGCUGCAUCUCAAGUGAAGAGUCCGAAUUCAAGCUGUUGGUAUACGAGUUCAUGCCAAACGGGAGUUUGUUUGACUGCCUGCACGGUGGCCCCGAGCGACAAAAACCGCUGCGAUGGCCGAUACGUUAUAAGAUUGCUCUUGGCACAGCUCGUGGGCUUAGUUAUUUGCAUCAUGGUUGUUCUCCUCCAAUAUUACACAGGGAUGUGAAGUCUAGCAACAUCUUACUGGACGGCAAUUUUGAGGUUAAAAUUGCAGAUUUUGGGGUAUCUAGAUUGAUUGAUAGGUUGGGCGAUGAGUUAAGGAUAGAUGAGAAAAGUGAUGUGUAUAGCUUUGGAGUAGUGAUGUUAGAGCUGGUGAGCGGGAGGAAAGCUACAGGUGAGAUGGAGUAUGGAGAGGGCGUGGACAUCGUGGGUUGGAUACGCAACACAAUCUGGAUGGGCGGGGGGGAGAAGGAAGUGCUGGAUGAGCGCGUAGUGAACAAUAAUUGCGUGGAACAAAUGAUGCGCGUCUUACAUAUGGGUUUGAUUUGCACUAAGAGGAAGCCAAAGCAGCGGCCAUGUAUGAGAGAAGUAGUAGAGAUGUUAGUGGCGUGCGGUGGGUACAAAUCGUAG